CAAAAGUUCUACCCGGUAUUCAAAGUCAUAUAUCUGAUAUCAGUUGAUCUGUCGAAACAUUCCGGACACCAGAAUUUUUGUUUGAAUUAGCAAUAAAUUAAUAAAAAAUGCCAAAAAAACAGAUAAGAAAUGGUUUUUAUUAUUUUAUGGUGGACUUUAAAAAACGAGAAGAAAAAUUAGGUCGGCAUUUUUAUGGAGGAUUUAAAGAAAUUCAAAGUGAUCCCAAAUGUGCUGAACAGUGGGCUGCUCUAACUGUUCAACAAAAGAAAGAAUAUAAUGAUAGAGCACAAAAAGAUAAGAAAGAAAAACAAAAAUUAACUGGUGUUGGAGAAUCAAUAGAUUUCGUUCGACAGCAACAACUAUUGAAAAUAAAAUAUGAAGAAAAUAUGAAACAAUAUAUUGAUAGUCUCAUUGAUCAGGCAGAUUUACUCAAUGCAAUAGACACAACUUCAUUCUACUUUAUCCAUGUCAACUACUUUUAUACGAAAACGCAUUUGGAUUCAACAGUUGAUUAUAUUCCAGCUGAGUUUGCAGUUUGCGAAUUCUCAGUGAAAAGUGGAGCUACUAGACUCUACCAUCAAAUCAUUAACACGAAAAUUGAAUUGGGAUAUGCACGUGAGGCUGCAGAAAUCAGUGAUACUACACAUAAACUUAAUUGUGAUUUGCCGGAAGGAGAAGCAAGUUACAAAAUUAUGUGUAACAAACUCAUGGACUUUUUGAAACAUGAGAUAAAACCCAAUGCUAAGCUUCCUCCAUUAUAUACUACUAACAAUUUAAAAACAAUUGUUCCUUGUCUGCUUAGAAGAAUGACAACUGCUGCUGCAAUCCCUGAAGAAACUUUUGAUGUGUAUUCGUUUGAAUACUUAUUUGGUAGCUAUAUGAAAUACUUGAAUCCUGACUUUCCUGAGAAUGCCACUCCAUCAAUCAUUGCUGAAAUUGAGCUCGGCAAAGGUGCAUUUGUUUGGUCGCCUAGAAUUGAAUGCUCGUACCAUUUAGGUAUUGAAGGAACAAAGCCUUAUUGUAGUCAAGCAAUUGUUCAACAAUGGGUUUUCACAUUUUGCGAUUAUUGUUGUCCAAAAUUAAACAUCCAAAUGCGUCCAGGAAUUCAUUGUCCUGAUAAUGACAGAGAAAGAGAAUGUUAUGCAUUAACUAAAAGUUUACAAUAUUUGAGUUUGAAAGAAAAAGUAAUUUCAGUAAAAUCUGGAACAGGGGUUUCACGUGAUUACCGAGAAAGAGUGUCUGCUCGUACGGCUAAAGAAGAAGAAGAGCGACGUAAAAAAGAUACCAAACUGACUAUUAUUGACCAUAGUAAACUACCUGAGCAAAAGGCUCCUGUUGUUGAAGAGACUUAUAAACCGUAUAAACCAAUGAGGCCACCACGAACGAUGGCUAAAAUUCUAGAUAAUUGUAAUCAAGAUCCUGAAUUUACUGAAGAAGAUUUUCCUACCAUUGGCAGUAGUAGAAGUAGAGGAAAACAACGUCGAAAUACCCAAAAUUGAUGCACAAAACAUA